AAAGAUGAGUGGGAACAUGGUGGCAUGUCUCAGCGGUGUGGUUGAAACAGAGCUUGGUCGGUUGCGACAUCGUGCUCUGCUUUUCACUGUGACUGAAACCACAAAGUAAUCUCUUUGAGAAGUGAAGAUGAGCCACGAGCUGAAGGAGACGUACGCGUGCAUGCCCACGACGGAGCGCGGCCGCGGGAUUCUGAUCUCGGGCGACGCCAAGUCCAACUCCAUCGUCUACACCAACGCCAGAUCGGUGGUCAUCGUGAGCCUCGAGAAUCCCCUUAACGUCUCUGUCUACGGGGAACAUGCCUACCCGGCCACCGUCGCGCGUUUCUCCCCCAACGGCGAGUGGGUCGCCUCCGCCGACGCCUCCGGUACCGUCAGGAUCUGGGGCACGCGAAACGACUUCGUUUUGAAGAAGGAGUUCAGAGUCCUCUCCGGGCGCAUCGACGACCUUCAGUGGUCCCCCGACGGCCUCCGAAUCGUUGCCUGCGGCGAAGGCAAAGGGAAGUCCUUCGUCCGCGCUUUCAUGUGGGAUUCAGGGACUAAUGUUGGAGAAUUUGACGGUCACUCGCGCCGGGUUUUGAGUUGUGCAUAUAAACCCACGAGACCAUUUCGUGUUGUUACCUGUGGAGAGGAUUUUCUGGUUAACUUUUAUGAGGGACCUCCCUUUAGAUUUAAGCUAUCUCACAGGGAUCAUUCAAAUUUUGUUAAUUGUGUAAGAUAUUCUCCAGAUGGCAGUAAAUUUAUUACCGUAAGUUCUGACAAAAGUGGUUUCAUAUUCGAUGGAAAAAGUGCUGAGAAGAUCGGUGAGUUGUCUUCUGAAGGUGGGCAUACUGGAAGUAUUUAUGCUGUUAGCUGGAGUCCUGAUGGAAAACAGGUGUUGACUGUGUCUGCUGACAAGUCUGCAAAAGUAUGGGACAUAUCAGAAGACAAUAACGGAAAGGUGAAGAAAACUUUGACUUGUCCUGGCACUGGUGGAGUUGAAGAUAUGCUAGUGGGGUGCCUAUGGUUGAAUGAUUAUCUUGUCACUGUUUCUCUGGGUGGGAUAAUAUCUAUAUUUUUAGCAAGCGAUCUCGAUAAAGCCCCGACAGCAUUUUCUGGACAUAUGAAAAAUGUUUCCUCCUUAUCUAUUCUUAGAAGUAACCCUAAAGUGCUCUUGUCUAGCAGUUAUGAUGGCUUAAUAGUUAGGUGGAUUCAAGGGAUUGGAUAUAGUGGAAAAGUACAAAGGAAGGAAGGUUCUCAAAUCAAAUGCUUAGUUGCCGUAGAAGAAGAGAUUGUUACUUCUGGAUUUGAUAAUAAGGUGAAUGUUUUGCUUAUAUUAUUUGUUAAUAUGAUAAUGAUAAUAAUUAUGCUACAGUUUUCUCAAUUUCCAUCUCCUCCAUUGGUGACAGAAUCAGUGAUGCUUUUCAUUUGCAUUUAAAUAAUAUAUUUUUUAUGGGUUGAAAUAAAUUAUUCAUAUGGCAUUAUCCAUAUUGGUAGUGAAGUUUCUGAUAGGAUAUGGGGCUAGAUCAGAAAAUAGUUGGAAUACCACUUCGAACAAUCAAA